AUGAGAAUCGGAAGUCAAGUGUUGAGCGCUAACAAAUCGAUUUUAACAUUACCAUCACUGCUCGCUUCCUCUCAAUUCACUUUCCGCUUCAAAUCUUUCACUUCUGCAAUUUCUUCUUCUUCUAGGGUUUCUCGAAUGGCAUCCGAAGCCCCUUCCCCUUCCGCUUCUUCAUCGUCAGCUGCUUCAUCUGCUAUCGAUUUUCUCUCUCUUUGCCACCGUCUCAAGACGACAAAGAGAGCAGGAUGGGUCAAAAGAGAGGUUCAGAAUCCAGAAUCAAUCGCAGAUCACAUGUACAGAAUGGGCUUGAUGGCUCUAAUUGCAUCUGACAUUCCCGGUGUUUGUAGAGACAAGUGCAUAAAAAUGGCGAUUGUUCAUGAUAUUGCAGAAGCCAUUGUUGGUGACAUCACUCCUGCUGAUGGGAUUCCAAAGCUUGAAAAGAGUCGACGGGAGCAGGAAGCACUAGACCACAUGUGCAAACUACUUGGCGGAGGGCCAAGAGCUGGGGAGAUACACGAAUUGUGGAUGGAAUACGAAGAAAAUUCUUCACUAGAAGCUAAGGUUGUCAAGGACUUUGACAAGGUAGAGAUGAUACUUCAAGCCUUGGAAUAUGAAACCGGUAAGGCCAGAUUAUGCUCAUUUUUUCUUAAGUACUGUUUUCUGCUGUCACCAAUAUGGAAAAAUGAAUCUUAG